AAAUACUACAUCUAUGUUAUAACAACUGUUGCUGCAAAAAUAAAUAACUUCAUUUAAGUCAAUCUAUAUAUAUUCGGUUUAGAAAACCACCUGUUUUAAUAUACAAUCUCCCUACAUGUAUAGUAGUUGCUAAAAUGAGAAAAUUAUCACCCACAAAGUUACAUACAUACAUGGUAACACUCGUGUAACGACUGUCGUUGCUACACCAGAAUAAAUGAAUUAAUUCCAUUUAUGUCAUUUACACCUUUCCCAUUGGUCCCCUCCUACCCUUACUUAACCUUGUGACCUCACAGUCAGUGGGUUAUUGGUGGCAUCGACUGUGGAUUGGUGGUUAAGAUCGCGACGACUCUUCACUCCUUACUCAGUGGUUGACAACAUCGAACAAGACGAUGCAAAGUUUUGGGGAACGUACAGACCCCAGGUUUACAUGGGAAUGAAAACGAAAUCCCCACAAUCCUUGGUCACUGGUUUGAUGUGGCUAAGACAACAUGAGCGGUAUCAAAGUGAAUUACCACUACGGCACACAUGUGAACAUGGAGAUAAGUUACUGAAAUAUGGAUGGCUGGCUCACGAUGGAGUUAACUUUGGCAUCCAGGAUGUUGUGGAGCAAGGAUAUUCCCUUCGUACUUCCUUUGUGAAAGUUCCUGGUGGUAGACAUGGGGGGGAAUGGACGUGGAGGGUCACUGGCACCCAGACGGGAGCAUCACCUGUUACAAUAUCUUUGUUCUUCUAUGCUGCAACUGACGGCCAAGGAAAGUUGAUCUCGGUUGUUAAAGAUACAAAGAAUGGGCGAUACCUUACGCAGAUUAAUGGUGAAACAGAAGAGCUCGGGAAGUUUAAAAUAAUCUUUCCGGCCGAGAACACUGGAGUAGACACUCGUUACCACACGGUGUCUACAAAAGCUGAAGGUUUGCACAAACUGAAAGAAGCCGCGCUCCGUAAAAUGCAAGCUACAAUCGAAAAGUCAGGAAACAAUAAAGACAAAGUUCUUUAUUUUCUCGGGGAUUCCGCGAGCCAUAGAAAUCCACCUGGAGCUAAAUCCGAUGUCGUUUUUCACCAGGUGACACUUAAACUCCCGUUUGAGAUCGACAUAAUCUUUGAAAGCGAAACUUCUUCUCGUAAAUCUCAGCUUUCUGGUGAAACUUUCACCCAAGAACUCGCGCAGUGGAAAGAAAAGUUUGACCAAAACUUUGAAGAAAGGUUCCCGCUUAAAGACAAGGGGUAUGAUUCAGCGAAAAUCGCCUUUGCAAAAGCGAUGCUGAGUAAUAUGGUGGGAGGGAUAGGUUAUUUCUAUGGUCAUUCCCUCGUUCAAUCUGAAAACCAGAAAACCCCGGUAAAAUAUUGGGACGCAGGGUUGUUGACUGCUGUACCAUCAAGGUCGUUCUUUCCUAGAGGAUUUCUAUGGGAUGAAGGUUUCCAUCAACUUUUGAUAAGCAAAUGGGAUCGCACGAUUAGUGAGGAAAUUAUCGAACAUUGGUUGAAUCUGUUGAAUAAAGAUGGUUGGAUACCAAGAGAGCAAAUACUUGGGGAGGAAGCUAGGAGUAAGGUCCCUGCUGAGUUUGUGGUUCAACAAAACAAGAACGCGAACCCUCCCACUUUGUUCCUUGCCAUCGAAUCAAUAUUGAAAGGAUUCAACAAAGACGAGAUAAACGAGCAUGACACGAGGUUUUUGAAGAAAAUCUUCCCUAGAUUAGAGGUUUGGUACAAGUGGUUCAACACCACACAAGUUGGGACGGCCCCGUUCAGUUAUCGAUGGCGUGGUAGAAAGGAAGGCACAGACGAUGAAUUGAAUCCGAAGACACUUACAUCAGGAUUAGACGAUUACCCUCGUUCCUCCCAUCCAUCGCAGGAUGAGAGACAUAUUGACCUGAGGUGUUGGAUGGCCGUCGCUUCCGGAACGAUGGCGAAGAUAGCGAAAGUUGUUGAUCCAGACAGCGCACCAAAAUUUGAAGCCACCCACAAACUACUUACCAACCAUCGAAUUAUGAACGAACUUCAUUGGUCAGCGGAGAUGGGGCUGUUCUCAGACUACGGUAACCAUAGCGACCGUGUUUAUUUAACGAGGAAAACAUUCCAACCGGCGCAACCAAACCAACGACCUUAUACUAAAAUGGUGAGAAUUGAGAAGCAAAAACCAAAGCUGAGGUUCACGGACACAUUCGGAUACGUCAGUCUGUUUCCAUUCCUACUACAGAUUCUGAAACCUGAUUCUCAACAACUAACACAAAUCCUCGAAGACCUAAGCGCUAGAGACCUCUUGUGGACAGAGUACGGACUACGAUCGUUAUCAAAACGUGACCCACUGUAUAUGAAGAGGAACACGGAGCACGACCCGCCAUAUUGGAGAGGAGCCGUUUGGAUAAACAUGAAUUACCUUGCUGUGCGAGCUCUCAAACGAUAUUCCCAACCUGGAAGCAGGAAUUCUGAAAAAGCGGCGAAACUGUACCAAGAACUACGCUCGAAUUUAGUGAAUAAUAUUUACAAUGAGUAUGCAAGGUCUGGUUAUGUAUGGGAGAGUUAUAACGACAUGACAGGAAAAGGACAAGGAACUCAUCCGUUCACUGGGUGGUCUGCACUUGUGGUGCUUAUGAUGUCAGAACAAUAUUAAUGAUGUCAUAAUAGGGAAUUAUUUUUUGUAUGAUGCAUGUGCUAUAGAGUAUAGUUAUGAUAAUACAUCUAUGAUGGAGCAACCAAAUCUGACUUUAUAAUAAUACUUAUAUCCCCCAGGUCAUUGUUUAUUAUAUGAAUGGUUUUAAACCAGGUUCUUAUUUAAAGGUACUAUAGGAAAAGUAUUACUUUUUAAAUUGACAAGCUAAAACAUAGACAAUGUUUUGACAAAAGCGUAUUUGUCUGUACUGUGUUUAUUAAGGCUUUCUGCAACUAAAUUACUUAAAAAAUCACCCACAAAGUAACAUACUUGGUAACUUGUAAGGUGGCACGAGGUGUAUGAAACAGAACAUACGUGUUAUAACAACCGUCUUUUUCCGCCCAUGCGAGGAUAAACAAGUAACUUUCAUUUAUUCAAAAUAGAAUGUUUAAAAAUUAAUUUUCUGGUAUGAAACUUAAUUACAUCAACAUUAAGUAAUGGGUUGUCCAAAUUGUCAUACCCUGAUGAUGUUUUUAGAACAAAACGUUGGUGUAAUAAAGUAACAUAUUAACCAGAA